AUUUACGACUAACGCAACACGAUGUGGGGCCGUAGUCCGCUUUAAGCGCCAGCAUAAUCGUCUGUUUGGCGCGUCACCUGGCCCUUGACCUGGUUUCCAUAAGUCACCGCAAAUGGGCGGCGUUGCGGACAUAGCGAGACACUUUGGCCUCAAGGCAGUCUACGUCUUGGUCGCGUGGGGAGUGACACGCGUGCUGGAGGAGGGCCGCAAACGCUUCAUGCGGUCAAGGCGCCGGCGCAGCGAGGAGACCGGGGCGGGCACGGCGGAGGCGGCGGCGGCACCACCGCCGGGAGCCGGAACCACCGCUGCCGCCAGUGGUGGCACGCCGCCGGGGCGUAAGGGCGGAGGUGGAGGCGGCGGGCGGUACCGGCUGUACCGCAGGCCGUUGGCGGAGUACACGCCUAGCAACCCGGGCUGGCUGCGUGAGGCCGUGUCGUACGACCCCGCGGCCCUGGCCACCGACCUGUCCUGGCAGUGCCCGCUGCUCAUACAGUUCCUGGCUAAAAUGGCGGGUCAGUCGGGCAGCCAGCCCCUGGCCCCGGCGGCGGUGCGGCCAUCGGCGGAGGCAGCUGCCCCGGGGCCCCUGGGAGUUACGCUGGGCAAGCAGGCCCGCAAGCAGCUGUUUGCGCUGGAGCCCGAAGUGACCUACCUCAACCACGGCAGCUACGGCGCCGCGUUCAGGCUGGCUCUGGAGGUGCAGCAGUGGUAUCAGCAGCAGUUGGAGGCGCAGCCGGUGCGUUUCAUGGAGACGGUGGCGCUCAAGGCUCUGGUGGCGGCUGUGGCGGAUGCGGCCCGCUUUGUGGGCGCCUCGCCCGCAGACGUGGUGCCGGUGACCAACGCCACCACCGCCAUCAACGCGGUGCUGGCCGCUGUGCCGCUGCGGCGCGGCGACUGGGUGCUCAUGUUCAACACCACCUACCCCGCGGUCAAGAGCACCAUUGCGCGGGUGGCCGCGGCCGCAGGGGCCAGCGUCAUCGAGGUCACCUUGGGUUUGGAGGAGUUGCAGCGGCCGGCGCUGGCGGUCGGAGCCAUGCAGUCGGCAUUGGCGGCGCUGGGUGGCGGCGGGCGGCGUGUGCGGCUGGCCGUGUUGGACCACGUGGCUUCCUUCCCGCCGCUGGUGAUGCCGGUGGUGCAGAUGGCCGCCGUGCUGAAGCAGGUGGGCGCCACAGUGGUGGUGGACGGCGCGCACGCGGUGGGCAACGUGCCGAACCUGCAGGUGCCGGCUCUAGGGUGUGACUACUACACCACCAACCUGCACAAAUGGGGUUGCAGCCCUAAGGGCGCGGCGCUGCUGUGGGUGGCGCCCGGACCGGGGCCGGAGGCGGGCGGCUGCGAGCGGCAGGAGGCACUGCGGCCGCUGGUCACGUCACAUGGCUUCGGUCUGGGCUUUCGCGGCGAGUGGCUGUGGCAGGGCACGACCGACAUGUCGUCGUGGCUUUCGGUUCCGGCGGCGCUGGCCGUGCUGCGGGCCCUGGGCGGCCCGGAGCGCCUCACAGCACGCAACGCAGCCCUGGUGGCAGACGCCGCCGCGGCCAUGCGGCGGCGCUGGCAGGCCGCCGCCGCCGCCGCCGCUGCCGCUGGGAGGGCGGUGGCGGCUGCGCCUGCCGCUUCCGCGCCGGCAACCACCGCCGCCCGAGGGCGUGUGAGUGGCAGCGGCGCUGCUGGUGCUGCUGCGGCUGCUGCUGCUGCUGCUGCCGCGGCGGCGGCUGUAGCAGGGUCGCAGCCGGAUGAGUUGCUACAGCUGGGCGGUGGCGGCGACUGGGCGGCGGGCGGCGGCGCGCCGUGCAUGGUGGCGGUGGAGCUGCCGGCGCCGCUGAAGGGCUAUGCCGGCUGCGGCGCGGCGGAGGCGGUGGCGCUGCAGCGCUGGCUGCGCUAUGAGCGCGGCAUCGAGGUGCCAGUGGUGGCCGCCAUGGGUCGGCUGUGGGUGCGGCUGUCGGCGGCCGCCUACAACGAGCCGGGGGACUACGAGGCACUGGGGCGGGCGGUGGAGGAGCUGCUGGUGCCGCUGCCGGGAGGAGGAGGAGGCGUGGCGGCGGUGGCACCUGUUGUAGCCACCUAGCAGCCGGCGGCAGGCGUUGUGUGUGGAGGGCCGGAGGGGCUGGAAGGGGGAAGGGCAAGGGGCAGUGUUUAGGAUGCGAGACCCAGAGGCGGGCGUGGUGCGGUCGUGCGGUGCAGCGGCACUGCUACCGUACUCCAAAGUGGCAUGUGAGGAUGUGACCUCAUGUGGGGCCUGCGUGAGGGAUGUUGACGCAGGGUCGACGCCACCCCUGGCCGAUGUGCGGGGCCUUCAGUUGCGUCAGCACAGUCGCUGUUUGAGAACUGCGGGGGCCUCACCGCCAGCCCGCCGCCCAAAGCCUUGAACUGGACUGCCGGACCCCGGCGAUGCACUGGAGCAGCCUGGUGGCAUGGGGGGCGAGGCCGAGGGCUGGAGACCUGGAGGCUGGAGCAUUGGGAGUGCCGGCGGCCGGGCUGGGGCAGUGGGGCCCUCACAGCAUCUGAUUUGGUCUGCAUGCUUGCGUCCCCUCUUGUAACGUCGCAAACAU